AAGUGGGAAAGGUGCAAGAGGCUUAUAUCUGGAGAACAAAUACUGAACAAGGCUGGAACCUUACGGAAUGACUCAGAAAUUCUGGGUAUCUACAGGCUUGAUCAAGAUUGCGCGUGUGUUUUACAAACUCGUUUUGUUCAUCCUCCUGUGUCAAAAGAAGAAGAGCAGCUACCAAUCGCUUUCGGUCUGAUUGUUCAUAAAGGUGCUUGUCUGCUUGAGCGACUUCUUCGAGCUAUUUACAUGCCAAACAAUGUCUACUGCAUUCAUAUAGAUAAAAAGGCUUCAGCGGUCUUCCGUACAGCAAUAAUGGCCAUUACACGAUGCCUUUCAAAUGUUAUUAUCGCAGCAAACAGUGUUGACGUCGUCUGGGGACAUAUUACUCUAGUUGAAGCUCAGUUCAGUUGCAUGGAAGAGUUGCUGAAAUCACCAGUUAAAUGGAAAUAUUACAUUAGUUUAGUGGGACAGGAUUUUCCUCUAUAUGAUAACAAGCAGAUUGUACGAGCGUUACAAGGUCUCAACAACACCAACAACAUAAUAAGUUCUCCAAUGCCUGAACAUUUUUCCUAUCGAGUUAAUUUUGUUCACAUAUUGAAAGGCCACGCUGUUCGUAAAAGAACAAACAUACCAAAGGUGCCACCACCUCACAAUAUUUCAAUCUAUAAAGGAUCCACUCAUAUUAUUGCUUUAAGAGAAUUUGUCGAUUUUGCCCUUCACAGCCAAUAG